AUGCAGUUUCUGAUGGCUGUGGAGCCACAGCCCAUUUUCAUACCAAGCUGGAAGACUGAGACCAAAUAUUCUACCAGAGUGCUUACUGGAAACGGGGUGGAAGAGAGGAGGAAAUGCACUUACAGAAAAGAGUGUGUGCCCUUCCCAGGCCACAGACCUGACCAGAUCUCCAGGUGGUACGGGAAGAGGAGAGUGGAAAAGCUUCCUGGUGAGCUCCCAGGGACUAUAGACAGCAUCACCUUCAUUUCCCUUCAAGCAAUCCAAUUCACAGACGACAUGUGGCCUCCAGGAUCCCAGAAAUUCAAUGUCACUGAGAAGGUCCUGCGGAAGCUGCUCGGAUCUUGUCUGAAAAGGACCAGUGUGGGACCCCUGUACCCCAGCUGCUGA